GAAGAACAUUGUCAGGCUCCGCGAGUGGCCGUGCAUUACUUGCCAGGCUGCCGUCGCGCCCCACAAAGCGCCCGCAGCUGCCGAGGACUCGGGCAAGAUCCACUCCACCGUGCGCGCGCGCUGGGACGCGAACGAGAAGGAGGUGGUCGACGCCAUGAGCCAUUUCGCGGAGCUGACGGUCAAGGCAAGAGCUGCGAUGGAGGCGCAGGACCACUCGGCGCUGGCAGACCUCAUGGAUGAGAAUUUCGACACGCGGCGGAAGAUUUACGGCGAUGCGUGCUUAGGGCGCAAGAACCUGCAGAUGAUCGACAUCGCCCGCCGGUGUGGCGCGGCCGCCAAGCUGCCAGGCAGCGGCGGCGCCGUGAUCGGGCUCUGCCGCCCGCAGAGCGGCAACUCCAAGAGCGCCAGCGAGGACACCAUGGAGAGGGUGCGCCUGGCCCUGGAGGCGGAGAACUACGUCUUCUGCCCGCUGGACCCGGUGAUGCCAGGCCCCGCCGACGGGCCCGAACCGUCGCCACGGCCCCCGUCCUCGCAGUGAGGCCCCAGGCGCCGCC